AUGCCGUUUGAGAGCCCCGGGUACCUCAUGGAGACAGACGGCGAUGGCGAAGAGAGCGACGACACCAACGGGGCGCGUGUUCGGCCCAUGGACGUCUAUCCGUUCUUGCUGCACAACGUGCACGUCGUCAACGACAAGGAGGCGACGGGCGAAAAGUACCUCAUCAUGUCGGAGGUGUCGGAAGCCAACGUCUCGCCGCGCAUGGUGUCGCAGAUUGCGCGCGAGAUCCACGUCGACAUUGUGUGUUACGUCUUUGACGGCAACGACGCUGACUCGAUCGACUACCUCCUCUCGAUUGAGAAGCACAUACCGGACUCGAUCCCCGUCAUGUUUGUCUGCACCAAGUCGGACCUUAUGGAGGCCACACUCACGUCCUCGAUCGCGUGGGACAAGGCGCUCGCCCACUGCGCAUCGCUCGAGCUCUUUGCGCCACUGAGCGUCUCGGACAAGACUCUGCAGGGCCUCCAGGGCGACCACUCGCUCUACUCGCUCCUCGUCCACCGUGCGCUGCACCCGCAAGGUGCCCUGCCCUUCUCCGCCCACAAACGCCAAGCCAAGCGGCGGAAGCGCUGGAUCAUUGGCGGCUGCGCGGUUACAAUUUCGCUCCUUGCGGUCGCAGGCGCCGUCUACUACAAGGAGAAACUCGAGGUGUACGUGCCGUAUCUCCCGCUCUGGCUUCAGAAGCCGCUCACGCUCCUCCCAUCCGCAGCCAAGUAG